GGGAGCCGCCAUUUUCCGGAGCGCCCUCAGCGCGCUCUUAAAGGGGCCGCGCCCCGCGCUGAGGGCGGUGGGUUCCGGUUCGGUUCCGUUCUCGCUCCCGGUCCCCGGUUUGGAAGAACCGGUGGUUGCGGCUUUUCCGGUCACCACAGACGUGGGCAGAGCGGAUUGAGGCAGCACUGGAGCGGUGCGUGUGUGGGCCGAGGCCUCCUUCCAGGGCGGCCCUGACACCAUCGGGGAUCCUCAGCGUUAUUAAUUCCCUGUAAUCACGAAUAUUUUCCCUUUUUCCACAGUUCAGUGCCGCGGUGAAUAAUUCUGUGGGGAAAGCAGGAAAGAAGGAAUUAAAUCCCUGUGGAGCCUCAGCCAUGGCAAACGAGGACAGGGACUACAACCUGACCCAGGAGCAGAAGGCUGUGAAAGACAAGUACCCCCCUCUCUGCAAGAAAUAUGAAUAUUUGGAUCACACAGCAGACGUGCAGUAAGUGUGGGAUUUCUCAGGGUGACAAAUUGAUUAUUUCUUGCACUGCUUUAAGCCUGGAGGAACAGCCAAGGACACUUUGCAGAUGUGGAACUCUGAAAUUUCACUCACUGCCUGCUUUGACAUGGCUCCAUGCCUGGGGGGACACGUUGGAAGAAGCCUUUGAGCAGUGUGCCAUGGCCAUGUUUGGCUACAUGACAGACACAGGCACUGUGGAACCUGUGGAUACAGUGGAGGUAGAGGCAGAAGGGCAUGACCUGUUGUCUCUUCUCUUCCACUUCCUGGAUGAGUGGCUGUAUAAAUUCAGUGCUGAUGAGUUUUUUAUACCCAGGGAAGUGAAAGUGCUUCACAUUGACCGGAGGCAAUUCAAAAUAAGAUCAAUUGGGUGGGGAGAAGAGUUCUCUUUAGACAAACACCCACAGGGCACAGAGGUCAAAGCCAUAACUUACUCAGCAAUGCAGAUCUGUGAGGAUGAAAAGCCAGAAGUCUUUGUCAUCAUUGAUAUUUAAAGGAAGAAAAGUGUGGUUGAGUGGAUAUUGGUCAUCAGCUGGCAAAAACCCCCUAAAACUGUAAUCCCUGUGGGAAAAACUCAGGAAUUGGCCAGUUAAAUCAGAAAUUGAAGGGAGUAAUUGCAGGGAAUGUCAGAGUGUUUUCACUGAGACAGAAAAAUAAGAAUUAUUUGAGGUUUGGGGGGGUGGAGAAGGAGAGGUUUUACAGGUUGGAGGAGUCCCAGGAAUGCUGGUACAUGUGCUAGGAGCUGUAUAAAAUACAGAAAUUGGUGGAGCUGAUAACUAAAAUACUCCCAUUUUGCAGCCUGGCAGGAGAUAAUGUUCAUCUAGAUUGAUUUCAUUUGCAUAUUUCAUGUUCUAAUUCUGAGCUGAACAUCCCUCCUCCAGAUUACAUAAAUCCAAAAUAGCUGCAGUGGCUCAGAUGUAAUGUGGGGAAAAAAUAUCUGAGUGUUUAAAAUUAGACACUUAAAAAAUGAUGCCAAUUAAACAAACAAACCACCACAUCUUUUAAGGUACUUUAAAAAAAGAAGUCAUGCCAGCAGGUGGUGCUGAAUUGCUGUAAAUAAAUUGCCAUGUGAAAUCCUGGGUUCACUCUCAAAUUCUGAAAACUGUCUUUUUUAAAAAGCAUGCUUUGGAUCAGCCUAAUUGUCUUUUAAAAAAGAAUAAUGCAGACAGUCCUUAAAUGUCAAAGGAUUAUGGACUUGACUGAAUGAAAAUUAAUGAAAAAUAAUCAAAAGUGUGUUGUUUUUAUUUUAAAUGACAGGAUGGCAAAUGUGCAUUGCCUGCUGUAUUUAUUUAAUUUAAAUGUGAGGAGCAUAGGCCUGGCCUGCUCUGUUACUGUAAAUUCUCCAAGUGCCUCACUUGUGGUGUCUCAUCUUGUAAAAUCAUCUUAAAUAGUUCUGUUUUUAUUUCCAUGCUGUACAGACUGAGGGAUAAAACCUCUCUCAUUUUUUAAGCAAGCCUCAAUGCCAAAAUAAAACUUGGACUGAAACAUUAA